AUGAGACUGGCCGCGUACACUGGGGCCUCCGUGGCCCUGGCCACCGGUGUGUUCUUGAAGGCGCUACACCAGAGAACGAACUUCUACGCCGCUUGUUUGACACCUCUUCUAUCUUGCCCUGGCUCCGGGCUAUCCUGCUCCGCAUCGAACCAUGCUGACUCGUGCGCCCUGGGCGCGACCCUGCAGAUCCUCACGAACUUAUGCCUCCUCGCGACCGGCUUUAUCCUGUUCUGGCUACAGCGACUUCUAUAUGGGCCUCUUCGGCCAAUCGAAACCGAACAACUCUACGAGCGAGCGUGGUUUGCCGUCACGGAGACAUGUCUGGCCAUGACCAUCUUCCGGGGAGAGCUCGGGGGAUGGUUUCUGGUCAUGUUCAUCUUGCUCCUGGUCGGCAAAGUCUGGGGAUGGAUUGGCGAGGGGCGAGUUGAAUAUUUGGAGCAGCAACCCCCGGCGAAUCCGCUCCUGUUCCACAUCCGGUUGGCACUGUCGCUGGUCUUGUCAGUCCUCUUCAAUGUGCUGAUGCUCCGGUAUUGUGUCAACACCGUGAUCGAUGAGGCACGGGCAGACAUGAUGAUUAUGUUUGGCUUUGAAUUUGCUAUCUUGACCAUCUUGUCCACUUCAACCACACUUCGAUACAGCAUCGCGUUGACGGAGAUCUAUAUCACCCGCAAGCAAGUCAAAGCGAAGAUGGAGGAACGCCGAGCUGAGAUUCGGGCGGCUCGUGUUGAGGCCAUCCGAGAACACGCACGUGCUGGGGCAAGUUCCCCUCCUCCAUCGGUCGACUUGCCUGAUGAGAACGAUGUAAAUGAAUUGGAGAUUGACGUUCCAGGGUGGGAGGAGAAGGGUCGAUGGGUAUUCUACCUCGACCUGCUGACAGAUUUCCUGAAGCUCGCUGUCUACCUCGUCUUCUUCGCAAUUCUUCUAAGAUUCUUUGGUUUGCCGAUUCACAUUCUACGCGACGUUGUUGUUACGAUGCGAUCUUUCGGCCGUCGCAUCAUGGACUUCCUUCGAUACCGGAAUGCAACCAGAGAUAUGAAUGAACGAUACCCCGACGCCACAGCAGAGGAGGUCGCGCGCGAAGAUGUUUGUAUAAUCUGUCGGGAGGAAAUGACUCCAGCCCAGCCUGCUGCGGGUGUAGACGGGGGGCGGGAGCACAGCCAGCGGCGGGUCUGGCUCGAGCGCCAACAAAACUGUCCUACUUGUCGACGUCCCGUGAUCGCGCCUCAACGCGCCCAAGGAGCGGCUGGCGAGGCCAACAUACCCGGCAAUGUUGGAGGCGCCGCUCAGCCUAAUGGCGCCGGUGCAAACCCGAUGCCUGGCCAGCCAGGUGCUCAGGGGGAAUUACCAAGAGCUCGAGUAUAUCAGCUCGGUCCAUUCCGAAUUGGCUUCGGUGCUGUCCGUGGUGACCUUUUACACAACAUUCACCAGCAGAUUCACCAAGGCAACGCACCAUUACAACCCGGCGCAAAUGCCAAUCCACCUGGCCCGCGUCAGAUUGGUUUCGGGUUUGGAUUUGGCCAGCGUCCGCCAGCCCCAGCUCCUGUCCAAAACCAACCUAAUGCCGCGUCCUCCAACUUCGCCGAUAUCCACACUCAGUUGCAGCAGAUUGAGCAGCAAAUAGCGCAAGAGAUCAGCUCUCUGCGCAUUGCCGCAGAGCAACUGCGGCGUGUGCGGCAGCUUCAGGUAGAGCUAGAUCGGCUUCGCCUGCAGGCCGACCCUGCAGCCCAAACAGCCACGUCCCCAAGUCCCACAGCAACGAUACCACCUGGCACCUCGACCUUUACGUCCCGUCGUCAGUUUGUCUCUAACCCGGGCGCUACGCCUCUGGCUGCUGGCGAUCCCGGUCUACCAGAGGGUCUCAGCCUUCCCGCUGGAUGGACUCUUCUUCCUCUUCAUUCCACAGAGCAAGGUGCUGGAAGCAUGUCACAGGCUAUCAACCCAACUCCCACCACAUCUGCACCACAGCACCCAAAUGGCAUAACCGCGACUCAAGCCGCCGAAGCCCCGGCUCCAGCCACCACUUCCACCUCUGAAGACAGGCACACCGAGGUAAUCGAAGCGACCACUUCAAGUAUCGCAGAGGCUGAGUCAGAUAACGCUGUGCCCAACUGGUCUGUGCCCAGCGCACCAUCUUCGGUUGAGCAUCGAGCAGACUCGCCAUCCCAAGAGUGGACAGACGUGCAAUCCGAGCAAGUCCCUGAGGCUGGCCCCUCCUUGAUCCCCUCUACAUGGGGCAGUAAUGGGCAACCCCCCAAAUCAGUCCCUGAGGCUGAACCUGCACGUCCCGAAUCCCCAUCCAAAGGUAAAGGCCGCGCAGCCACGGUGGAAGAGGGAGCCGAGGAAGAAGCGUCUUGA